UAUGGUGAUAAAACAAUUUUUUUCAAGCGGAUCAGACGUUUCAAUAAGAGCCACAAAAAUUGCAAGGUUGGUGCAAUGUGUAAUGCCGCUUCCGAUUCCGGACUCUUUGUCUGGAUACUUAUUAACGAACCGAAUUUAAGCAGAUCGUCUGUACAUGUAAUUAUAGCAAAUCACGUAUUUGUGGAGCUAUAUGAAACGACGAGGUAGAUGAUGAAAAUAAGUUUUGAAAACCUUCAUCAGUGAACAAUGAAAUAAGAAAUACUCCAAGUUUAUUGCUGCAAAUGGGUAGUACUUCUAAGGAAAUAAAGUUGGUGUACCGUGAAUUUCAGAUAAUAAGAUCUUAUGAUUGCAGUCUGCUUUUUGUUAGACAGUUUAUUCAUGUAAUCCAAUAUCUACGUAGAUUCGUGUACUUAGCCGUAAAGUAAACCCAUUGUGUUUAAUUUGAACGCACUAACUGGUUUUAAAGAUGAAGUUCACCUACUCACCAAUUGUUGCACAAAUAUGAAGGAUAAUUUAAUGGUGAGUCAUAUUGUGUAAAUAGAACUUUAGUUGACAAAAGUCAGCCAUUCAUUUGAAAUCCUACUGAACUGUUAGUUAAAAUAAUUAGUGUUUACUGCAUUUUUGCAUCUGGUGUAAAUAUGCCGUGAUUAUCAUAUUAACAAAUCCGAAAGUUUCAGUCAUUAAUGUCUAUGAUGGCUAGACGAAAUGUAUUUUAUUUGUUUCUAAGGUUAAUACAACCGUAUUUAAUAAAAUGAUGAGUAAAUACUUUGAGAAGCUAGACAUAAGUAUGUUAUUUAGUCUUAAAUACACAUUGGUUAUCAGCAAGCUAUUGCUCUUGACAUCUGUGUUCGGUAAAUACAUGCAUUUUGUAGUAAUUUUUUAUUGUUUGAUUAAAUUUUUCUCACCAGUUAUCUAGUAACACCAUUGAUGGGUGCUGAUCUUGGAGCUAUUAUUGAAACUCAAUCGUUAUCAGAUGAACAAAUACGUUUUCUUGUGUAUCAAAUUUUAAGGGGUUUAAAAUAUAUGCACAGUAUUGGCUUAAUUCACCGAGAUUUGAAACCAGCUAAUAUAGCAGUAAAUGAAGAUUGUGAAUUGAAAAUUCUCGACUUUGGCUUAGCACGACAAAAACAGGAAGAAAUGACUGGUUAUGUUGCAACUCGUUGGUAUCGAGCACCUGAAGUUAUGUUGAAUUGGAUGCAUUAUAAUGAAUCUGUUGACGUUUGGUCCGUUGCAUGUAUUAUGGCUGAAUUGCGAAAUCGUGCACCUUUAUUUAAAGGUGGUAAUCAUAUUCAUCAAAUUCAGUUGAUUCUCAAUUUAUUAGGAAAACCUGAUGAAGAAUUUAUGAAAAAAAUUAACAGUCCUGAAGCAUGUGGAUUUAUCCGUGAUAUUAGUAAAUGUGAACCACAAAAUCUGUACACAUAUUUUUCUUCUUUUUCAAGUGACGCUGUUGAUUUAUUACAAAAGAUGCUUCACCUUGAUCCAGAUCGACGUUUAACAGCUGCUCAAGCACUAGCUCAUCGUUAUUUCGCAACGUAUCAUGAUGAAUCAGAUGAACCAAUUGCAGAGAGAUUUGAUGAUCCAUUUCAAGACGAUAGUAAUGUAUCUUUAGAUCAGUUAAAAGAAGCUGUAUGGAAUACACUAGAGAAUUUCGUACCGAAUCUAAAUUCUCUACAUUUAUGCGCUUCUGAAGAGACAAAUGCAGCUUGAAUGUAUAUGUAUGUAUUUUAUUUCUAUAUACACGGAGAAAUAUUGUUUCUUUAGCCUCAUUUAUGCAUCUAUAUAUGUAUACAACUGAUAAUAUUUGGAAUUAUCAAAAUAUGUUACAGUUAAACCCAAUUGCCAUUUACUUUCUGAUCCGGUUGAUAUGUUUGCUUAUUCCGCAUAUUACUAAAAACCCUUAACAUGCUUUAUUUUUCCUUUUACUAAAAACUAAUAUUGAAUAUUCUUUGUAUAAACAUUUUAUUUACAUAAAUAUUUUUCCAUACAAACGUUCCUAUAUACAAAAACUUUUUUCGCUUUUAUCCUGUGGCUCAUUUUUUAUACACAAAGAUCUCACAUUCUGUGACUAGUAUUGAAAACUAAAUAAAGUCUACAUUAGUAAUGGUAUAAAUUGUUUGAUAAAAAAUCUACAUACAGCUCAAUAGUUAAUCUUCACAAAUCGUUUAAUUUAAGACUGGAUAUGUAUAUGCAAGUGGAAAAAAAUUUUUUUUUAAAUUUACAUAGAAAAUGCUUUUAAAACCUUUUUUGUACUUCUAUCAUCUUUAUAAAAAAGGUUUUCGAACACAAAUGAAGAGCGAGGUUAAUCUGUGUUCUUAUUUCCUUUUGAUAUUUUUGUGAUUGGUUCUAUUCUUACUUUUCUGGAAUAAAUUAUUCAUCAGCUUUCUCACUGUAAAAUCAUUUAUUCAUUUGAUUCUCAGUAUAUAAAUAAGCUCAUUUAUGGUACUAGCUAAUUUAGACUCAAGGAAUGUAAUAACCUGAUAGAAAUAUUCAUCGUCUUAGAUUGUUCGUCAUGAUGAAUACCAAAAUGGUAUUAAUUAUAAUAAACGUUUUGUUGUGACUUUAA